UGGGAAUUCCUUCAUUUCCUUCAUAGGUGGGAACUCGAUUCAUUUUUAUCGAAAUAGAAAAAAAAUAUUUGCUACGCAAAUUAUAGAAUCCUUUCGACAAUCCUCCGUGUCUCAGCCAAAAGCUACCGCCAUGGGCAUCGUUGGAAAUCUCACUCCACAGCAGCGCCAAUCUUUCGACUCUCAAGGUUUUCUUGUGAUUGAAUCAUUUGCUAGCCCUGCAGAAAUUGAAGCUAUGAGGAAGAGAAUGGACGGAAUGCUUCAGGCCUUUGACCCUACCACCACCGCUUCUAUUUUCUCCACCAAAAAUCAAGUACAAUUGACCAGUGAAUACUUCUAUGAAAGUGCUGAAAAGAUUUCCUUUUUCUUUGAAGAAAAAGCAUUUGAUGAUAAUGGAAAUUUAAAGCAACCGAAGGAACUUUCUAUUAAUAAAGUCGGGCAUGCGUUACAUGAGAUUGAUCCAGUUUUCAAAGAAUUCUCUUGCUCUGAGAAGGUUUCGAGUUUGCUUUUCUCCUUAGGUUACAAGAAGCCCGUGAUCAUUCAAUCAAUGUAUAUCUUUAAGCAACCAGGUAUAGGAGGUGAGGUAACUCCUCACCAGGACAACUCGUUUCUUUAUACUGAACCUAAAACUUGCACUGGUCUGUGGCUAGCUCUAGAAGAUGCUACAGUUGUAAACGGCUGCCUUUGGGCCAUUCCUGAAUCUCAAAAAAAUGGUCUUGUUAGAAGGUUCAUUAGGGGUGAUGAUGGAGUUUACUUUGAUAGGCCGUCCCCAUCGUAUGACCAGAAAGAUUUUGUGCCUAUUGAAGUAAAAGCUGGGUCUUUGGUUGUAAUUCAUGGUGACCUUAUUCAUCAAAGUUUUGAAAAUCAGUCUUCAAAUUCACGGCAUGCAUACAGCUUGCAUGCGGUAGAUACUGAUGGCUGCAAGUGGGCAGAAGAUAAUUGGAUCCGAAGAAAAGUUGAACCUAAGCCCCUUUACGCUUCUGGACAGACUUGAGAGUUCGUCCCUGGUAAUUGCAUGGAGCUUUCAUGUACGUGUCUAAGAAAAAUUAUUCCCUCUUGUUGAAAGUAAGAUUACAGGAUGAUGAUCACCGUUUAUGUUAACUCAGAUGCAAGUGUGGGAUACUUAUAUGUGACCCAGAUGGGCGUUUUCAUUUCUUUCUAAGUUUCUAUGUAUUUUGAAGAUUUGUAAUGCCAUUCCCAUGCCAUAAUAGGAGUCUAAUAAAGAUGUUCGACACGGACACUUAAAAGUCA